AAAGCAUGUUGUCGAAUAUGUCGAAGUUGGGCAGCACAGAGAUAUGCGCAUUUCCAUCCUGACAAUGAUUCCCGAGACUAGCAUCCUCUUACUAGCCAUCACAAUUUCGGUUGUCCUCGCUGAAAGGAGACGUGUGCCGUUCGUGAACUGUCCAUCAGCGAAGGCUAACUCGAACCUGAUGACCACAACGCCGGCCCGAAGCAGGAUCGAGUGCUCUGUGACCUGUCUGAAUGAGCAGAACUGUUUAUCAGCUUCCUACUGCAAGACAAGCGAUGGCUACACAUGUCAGCUGAGUGGGAUUUACACUGGUGGGGGCUGUUCUGGCCUUGGUUCGGAUGGAGAAUGUACCCUUACUGCAGUUGAGUUUCCAUGUGACAAUGGCGGAACAUUCAUCCCUGAGAACAGAACUUGUCAUUGUGUUCAAGGUUUUAUUGGGAGCUACUGUCAAAGGCGCUAUCGAGAUUGCUUGGAGACACCUCUUGGAAAUGAUGAAUACUUGAUUCAGCCGCUAGAGUCAGACUUUGUUUUCCAAUGGCCAUGUACAUCUUCGUCUCUCUUUGAUAUUGAGGUUUCAGAAUAUAACCUUGCAACCAAUGCAAAUUAUACACUGUCAUGGGAACAGAUGAAACACGGCUUUCCCAUAUUACCCGGCAUGUAUUAUUUUAUCGGCCUUGAAAUCCUACACGAGUUAACUAAACAGGGUAUGUAUAACUUGGUUGUUGAGGUGAUUCGUUUUGUUAAAGACGCAGGGAUUGUACGUUAUAAAAACUUCCGUGUUGACUCAGAAGCUGACGGCUAUGCAUGCCACUGGGAUAGUGUAACCUUUAGCAAUGAUAAAUACCUGGAUGGUUUCGGGGCUGUUGGUGACGCCACCAAGAGCAUGAAUGGGGCACGUUUUGGGACGUUUGACAAUGACGUCAAUGGCUGUGCCCGUGCUGAAAGCGUUUCGUGGUGGCAUAACCCUAUUGGAUGUACAAUGAUGAAAUUUGAUCCGGAUGGGCUGUAUUGGCCGGUUAACAGAACUGGGGUGGUUGAAAUGGAGAAAAUGGACAUCGCCAAGAUUGGCCUUGCACAUGUUUACUGGUAUGUGGAUGAUGAUCUCAUUCUUUGAUAGGGGGCCACUCCAAGGGCAAUUGUUCACUCCU